AUGGAUAUCUGGAAAGGCAGUUCAGAAGAUAAACUCAGACAAGAAAUCGAUGAAAUUUUAGAAAGAAAUGUCUCCCAAUCUCAACAAAAUAAAGAAAACCAAGAACAACAAUGGCAACUCAUUAAAACAUCACUUUUAGGACCCAGUGAAAAAGAAUUUAGGACAAACAAAGAUAAAAAAGAAGAUUGGAUGACAGACGAAAUAUUAAAAUUAAUGAAUGAAAGAAGGAAGUACAAAGCAAAAAACAACACCUGCUACAAAAAAUUGCAAAGUAAAAUAAGAAUAAAAAUAAGAGAAGCAAAAGAAACUUAUUUCUCUGAAAGAUAUAAUGAGAUAGAAGAGUUACGAAACAGAUAUGACAACUUCAACUUACACAAAAAAGUCAAGGAACUAGCGGGAUUUGAAAAGAAAAAAAACUCAAACAUACUUUUGGAUAAAGAAGGAAAUAUCAUAAUGGAGACUGAAAAAAAAUUGAGAAGAUGGGAAGAAUACAUAGAGGAAUUAUUUCAUGCAGAGACAGGAAAACAUGGCUGCAGACUAUCAAGGUGGAGACAUAGGACCUGA